UUGUCUUCAGUGACAUAGCCUUGAUGGCGUCAGUAGGAAUAGUGCUGCAGUAGUUGUUGGGUGUUUUUUGUUUUGCUUUGUUAUGGUUGUUUUUUAAUUAAAAGGAGCUCUUAACAGGACAGUCCCUUCAGAAAACUGUCUUAGCUAUUGAUAAUGGAAGCCUGCGGACCAUUGCAGAUCUAGGAUGUUGUCAUAAAGAUGGACUAGCGUGUGUUGGGCACAGGCAGCUGAGAGGUGAGGAGGAGGAGGAGGGUUGUGCUCUGCCAGGAAGAGCAGCUCAGGUGCGCAGUGCCGUGUGCUGUGGGACCAGGACCAGCCUGUUCACAGCUUGUGGGUCAGGGUCAGGGAGGUGGCUACACACCAGCCAGUAUAAAAGGGGAGACAUGCAAGGCCUUCGGAACAACUGGGUGACCCUCUAAGUGCCUUUUGAAGAACCUGCAGGACCAACCAGAAGUUCCUUGGUUGCAGGCACUGCAAUCAGAUUCCAUCACUGGAAUAGAUGAAUUUGUUGAUGAUUCCUUAAGGAAUUUCUUCUUGCUUACUGUGUUUGGGAGGACACUUUCACGCAGUAUUGGAACCACAAAUUCUCAGAAGAAACCUGGAGAACAACCCAGAUCGGGGAGGUUUCUCAGCCACCCUUUCUUCUGCACAAAGAACUUCUUUUGGGGGUUUUGGUGAUGACGGGGGCAGAGAGGAGAAGGAGUGUGAUGUGGGGGAAGAUCCGGGCUGUUCGCUGUGAAGAUAUCAAGGAGUGGUGCGUGAGGCGGCUGCCCAUCUUGGAGUGGGUGCCCAUCUAUGACUGGAAGGAAAAUCUGGUUCCUGAUGCGGUAUCGGGGAUGAUGCUGGCCAUCCAGCAGGUGACUCAAGGAUUGGCCUUUGCUGCUCUCUCUUCAGUCCAUCCAGUUUUUGGUUUAUAUGGAUCUUUCUUCCCUGUCAUUAUAUAUGCCAUAUUUGGAAUGGGACGUCAUGUUGCAACAGGAACUUUUGCCUUAACUUCCUUAAUAUCUGCCAAUGCAGUUGAACGUCUUGUUCCUUACGCUGGCAGUAAUUUCACUGCAAACAACAAUUCAGGAAUCUUGGGCCUGUCAGAGUUUGAAAUGCAGAGAAUUGGAGUUGCUGCAGCAGUUUCAUUUCUGGGAGGAAUCAUUCAGGUAGUGAUGUUCACUCUGCAGCUGGGCCAUGCCACCUUCUUGUUAACAGAACCAGUGAUCAGUGCAAUGACCACAGGAGCUGCGACACAUGUUGUGACUUCACAAGUGAAAUACCUGCUGGGACUGAAAAUGCCGUACAUAUCAGGACCACUAGGAUUUUUUCAAAUUUAUGCCUACAUAUUUGAGAAUAUCAGAUCGGUUCAACUAGAGGCUUUACUUCUCUCCUUGCUGAGCAUUGUGGUGCUUGUUCUUGUUAAGGAAUUGAAUGAGAAAUUUCAAAGAAACAUUAAAAUUGUUCUUCCUAUCGAUCUAAUUUUGAUAAUUGCUACAUCCAUUGCCUGCUGCUAUGCUGAUAUGGAAUACGUCUACGGGCUAGAUGUUGUGGGGCACAUUCCUCAAGGGCUGCCACCACCCAAACUGCCACCCAUGAAUAUUUUACCUGAAGUAGUCACAGAAGCUUUUGGGGUAGCACUGGUUGGUUAUGUAGCAUCACUUGCUCUAGCCCAAAGCUCUGCUAAAAGGUUUAAGUAUGCUGUGGAUGAUAACCAGGAACUUUUGGCUCAUGGCCUCAGCAACGUGAUUCCUUCAUUUUUCUUUUGCAUACCAAGCGCGGCGGCGAUGGGACGGACAGCACUAUUAUACAGUACGGGAGCCAGAACACAGGUGGCUUGCCUUAUCUCUUGUGCAAUAGUUCUUGUGGUGAUCUACACAGUUGGAGCAAUGCUGUACUGGUUGCCCAUGUGUGUGCUAGCAAGCAUUAUUGUUGUGGGCUUGAAGGGGAUGCUAAUGCAGUUCCGUGACUUGAAAAAAUAUUGGAAUGUGGAUAAAAUAGACUGGAGCAUAUGGGUUACUACCUACAUGUUCACAAUCUGCUUUGCUGCUAACGUGGGAUUGUUGUAUGGCGUUGUCUGCACGAUAGUAAUUGUGAUUUUCCGCUUUCCCAGAGCAAAGACGUUGAAUUUGAAAAAUAUGAAAGAAGUGGAAUAUAAAUACAAAGCUGAAGAUAAUUGUGAAUCAUUAAAACAGGUGAAGAUAGUUUCAGUCAGCAACCCAUUAGUCUUUCUCAAUGCCAGAAAGUUUCAUGCAGACCUGAUGAAGAUAAUCCAGAAGGAUAGCACAAGCAGCCAGGCAUGGGAAGAUGUAAACAAGUGUGAGCAGAACACUUUACUCUGCUCAUUUUCCAAUGGAAGUUGUCAUGGUGAGUCGCUGCAGCAAUGUCAGGGUGAGCGAUGUGUUUUGAUAUUGGACUGCAGUGGACUGAAUUUCUUUGACUACACUGGAGUCUCCAUGUUGCUUCAGAUUUACAUGGACUGUAAAAAUAGACACAUCGAAGUGUUGCUCGCAUGCUGCAAAGCUUCCUUGAUUAAAGCACUGCAGUAUGGUGGAAAUCUCGAAUCUGAAAACUCCAUCUUCUUUGAGUCUGUUUCCUCAGCAAUCGAUGCCAGUCAGAUUCCCAGGCCAGUCCUCAGUCUCUGGAUUGCAUUUACCACGUUUUUCCUGCUUGCACUUGCUUCCUGUCCUCUUCUCUCCUUUUGCAGUAACUUCUCCAUCUUCUAUGCUGGAUCCACAGAAAUACAGCAAGUUCAGCGAACAGAGUGAAGUGUGAUGCCAAGCCAUCCAAUGUGGACAGUUUAACCAGCUCAUAUGCAGAAUGAACUACACCACGGUUUCUCUUUAACUUUUUUUGUUUUUUCCUCCAGGAGAUAUCAUAGAUGCUACUUUCUGUGCCAUAUGUUUAGUACACUCAGUAGUGACAGAUCUGCCAUUCAGAAGAAAAGAUCUUUUGUUCCUAUAGUUGAUCUGCCGUGUUUUUUAUAAUAUUCUUAUACACUUUUAUAGACAAGUUAUUAGAAAGCAGAUGUUGGAUACUGACUGUGUUUAUCAGAUAUAUUCUUUUAGAUAUCUUCUAUUGUAAAUUUUAGUUGUAAUACGCAUCCAUAGUUUUGUGCAUGGAAUAAUGAGACCAUAGGAUUUCUUAAAAGCAGUGUUAUAAUCGGUACAUUAUAUUUGGGGAAGCCAUAUGCCAAUGCAUACUUUGUUUCUGAUGGAGUUAUUUACCCUUUUCGUUGUUCAAGACUGCCAUUUACAGUAACAGCAUCACAGCACAGAUAACAUAUCCUUACAUUUUUUGUACUUGGUUAUUGUAGGAUUUUUUUAUGCCUUCCAAGGUCAGUGGAAGCGCUAUUUGUUCAAAGAAGGCAUAUGAAUAUUGGUUGGAUUGUCUCCCUCUCUAGUAGAUGUCAGGAGUUGUUAUAAUGGUUUGCUGUAUUUUCAGUGCCACACAUAUUCUUUAUCUUAGAUUGAAGAGGAAAAUCUGGUCAUGUUUUUCCAAAACUUUUUGUUGUUUUCAGCACUGAGUAGUCUGCAUUUCCAGCUUGAGCUGUAAUUGGUUAGUGCUGGAAUUUGAUCGUGUAAGAAGUUUUGUUCGUUGUCCAAGUGUCCAAAGUGUUAAAUGGAUGUUUUGAAACAGGCAUUAGAUCAAGGACCUUCCUGUAGCACAGGAUUGUUUAAGAAUGUGUUUAAUCAGUGUAAGACUAUAAUUCAAAUUGUUUUUAUGCUGUGAUUACUGCUUGACUGUCUCUCGGGGUAGAAUCAGGAAUGAAAUACAUUUCUUACCUUUUAACUCUGAAUUUGCUUAUAUUCCAACUCUGGCUUUUGGGAUACUCAUGAUAUUCCUGUAAUAUAUUUUAUUUUAUACAAUUAACUUAUUUUUCAUAUUAUUUUUGAGACUAUAGAUUGUCAAUUAGCUUCUCUUUCUGGCAAGUGUCCACAACAAUCGUAUCUCAGCAGUACAGAGCAUCAUGGCAUGUAUGAUGGCAGGUAGAAGAUGGGCAGCAAAGGAAGCUGCACAAUUGCUUCUAAAAUAUUAGUACUGAGUUUGAGCAUUUUCAGACCAGAGCUGCUUGACAGAGCAACUGUUACUAGGUGAGGGAUCAUAAUCUAUUUUUUUACCAGUAAUCUAGGAAGGCAAAUUACUUCAGUGUUGAUUUAGUUUCCCCCCCCACCCCCCCUUUUUUUUCCCCCUCAAAUAUCCCUCUCAGUUGUUAACAUUUACAAAACUCCAUGGCUGACUGUCACUCAUCUUCAGCUGACUGCCAGGAAAUCACUGAUCUCUCUGCUUGUAGGCUGUGAGAUACUGAGUGUCUCAUCCAUGUGACUUUCUGCAAAUCUCUGCUGAUAAUAUGUUUGCUCCACCAACUGACCAACAGCUGCCUGAUUCUUUGUGAAGAUUCAAGGAAGCACAUAAAACAUUUUAGUUUUGGAGUUUAGUAUUAAUUUCAGCCUGAUAAGGAGUUUAGUAACAACUUCAAUGCUUUUCUGUAUAGACUGUCCACUGACUUCCCUCAAGCUCAUUAAGAAGUAUUAGACUGUAGAUAGGUAGGAGUGUACCCCAAAUCUCUAAUUAGCUACACCAUGUAUGGCAUCGAUUUAUGCCAGGGGAGGUUCAGGCUGGAUGUUAUGAAAUACUGAUUUUCCAAAAGAGUGAUGAGGCAGUGGAAUGGACUGCCCAGGGAGGUGGUGGAGUCACCAACCCUGGAGGUGUUCAAGGAACGUUUGGACGUUGUGUUGAGGGACACGGUCUAGGGAGAACUAUUGAUGAUUGGUGGAUGGUUGGACUGGAUGAUCUUGGGGGUCUUUUCCAAUCUUGGUGUGUUUAUGAUUCUAUCAUUCUGUGUUUGUUCUGAGUCAGGAGGGGAAGUGAGCCAAACACAUUCUGCAGCAAAGGGAUUGCACAGAGCAGUUAGCAUUAAAAUGCCCUAGUAUUGCUCUAAAAACUGAGAUAAAAUACAGCCACUAAGAAUAAGGGAGUGUUGUUAUUCUGCUCUCUUGAUACAGAUAUUCAUUUUUGUAUAUUCUAGAUUUAUUUACCUGGAUAAUCAUAGGGACAAUUCAGAGGAAUGCAGAAGUUUUUAAAUUGUGCUUGUAUGCCUAAGGCUGAGCAGCAUUACAAGAUCCUGGUCCUGAGAAGUGCUGAGUUCCCUGGCUUCCUGCUGGUUUUGAAGGUUUGAGAGGCUUGAGGAAGUAUCUCCUCUCCUAACGUGCUGAUCUGCAUGGUUUCAAUUAACAAAGCCAACAAGGGCUCUGGGCACUAAGAAAUUCUGAAAGUCUAGCUGUUCAUUCUGCUUCCUGUAUGUGUACUCCAUGCUCACAUUUUGUAUUCCUUAAAUCAAAAUGUACAAAUCAUCUACAUUAUGAAAAUCCAUGUUUCAGUGUUGCACGUUUUGGUAUAUAUUGCACUUUAUAGGAAAACAUUAAGAUGUUAUUUUCAAGAGAUGCUCAAUACCUUCACUGAUUUCAUUUGCUUGACGUGUUUAGGAAUUUUCAGCUAUUUUUAGAAAUUAAUCCUAAGUGAGUGUUAGAUAUUACAUUAUGCAAAUGAAGAGUUUUCCCUCAAAUUUAAGAUGUACUAAUUGGAAUAUGUUAAAAUAGGGAUCUGAUCAUAUGCUUCCUGCAGAAUUUGUGUUUCACACAUUCCAAAACAAAGCAAUCAAUGAGGAAAAAAAACUGAGUACAAACUGAUGUAAAGAAAUGAACAUAGUGACAAUUACAAAUUAGGCAUAAAAUAUGUAAUAAGGAAAAGACUGUUAACAUUAUAUUUAUGCAAAUUAAAUGUUUCUAAUUCUCAUCAUAUGUCUUUCUUUUUAAAGGUUAUUUGCCCUGAUUCUAUGAUUCAAGUGUCACAAGGUCUGAUUUUGGCUGCUUUGACAUAAUUUAUUUGACAGCUCUGUGUGCCAUAAAUAUAUAAUGUAACGAGGAAAGGUAUCUGCACUGUUGAAUGAAAACAUUAAUGCGUCAAUACUGUGUGUGAAUACUGUUUGACAUUUACUGGUUACAAAAAUAAAAUACACAGUAUGCCUUGAAAAUAUGGCACUCCUA